AUGCAAAACUGGCGACUUGACAAUCUUCUAUUUGCUCAAUCAGAUAAUAUAAAGCUUAUCAAAGAACCAGAAUUGAAUACAACCAUGGAUACAAUUACUGACACUGAACCUUUCGCUGUGAAUUAUUACAAUGACGCUUAUGACCUGGAAUUUUUGUCUAUUAUGGAAUUGGCUCAGAAAACUAUGAAAACUACUGAACAUUCUAUCAACAGAUUUAUUGUUCAGCCUCAGAUUAAUCAGUACGGAUAUAUCCAAAUACUGAAUGAUAUAGUUGCAAGAAAUGAUGAGGGAUUAUCUUUAAUUCUUGAAGAUAAUGACAAAAUAUUCUAUUUAUGGCCAUUGAGAAUGAAGGAUCAAUAG